GGCUCCCAAUAUGAGAUUGGUGUUGAUAUUAAAGUCUCACUAUGUAUGCCUGUGACUAUGUGUCUUGAGCUGCAUUAUAAAUAUUCUUUUUAUGAUGACUCCACGGGUUAAUUACACUUUGUUUCUCUUAAUUAUUAUUAUUAAAUAUCACCUUACUCUCGAUUUUAAAGUCGUACAUUUAGCCUCCUCAACUAUCAAAAUCGAUUCAUUUGCACCACUUUCAAAAGGUGGAGUUUGUACCCUUUUUAAUAAUUAAGGGGUCUUAAUGUAUGAUUUUAAAAUUGAGAAGGAUAAAAUGAUAUUUAGUAAUAAUGUGUAACUAACCCUAACUCCACACCUGCAUGAUCCACCCACAAUGACUGAAUUUGGACUUUGAAAUCAAAGGUUUGAGGGUAACAUUUGACUUAAGCAUUUGUGGACUUGCAUUGGUUUGAAGUAUCAAUUUUAACAGAAUCCAUGAAUUCAGACCAGAAAUUUAGGGAAAAGAUUCCCAAGAAUAGUGCAUUUUUGACUGAUAUAGUUCAUAGGGUCCAAUUAUGGUAAAUUCCAACUAAUAACCAACCACACAUUUAGUGAAUCUAAGCCAAUAAAGAGCUUUGUACAUGAAUAAAUAGCUUUGUAGAGUCUGAAUUUAAUUGUAAGAGAGUAAUUGGAGAUUUAUCAUUUUAUGCAUUCAACCAAUUCUUGAUAUCCCCCCUGUGCCAAACAACAUAUAUAAGAGAAUUAAGAGGAGGUAGGUAACUAUGACCAUGCUUUGUUCAUGUCCCUCAUCUCCAUGAAUAUAUAUGUUAUAAAGUAUUUCUUGUUAGUAAUUUGGUUUGAAAUAAUAAUAUCUGCAAUCAAAUCCUAAUUAACUUCAUUCCUCCAUCUGAAAUGAUUGCUACAGAGAAAGUUUAAGUGCACAGAAAAAUUUCACAUCCCACAUGUUGGUUUCACAUCAGUAUCACACUCUCUGAAAUUCUUCUUGUUCGUGCAUUCAUCAAUUGACCAAUUUUUUCAUUAUUAAAAAAAUAAUUGUUAAACACAACCCAAUUAUUUAUAGUUUUUGUCCUCUUUGGUUUGAUGAUGAUGACAAUUGAUAAACUAGCUUAUGAUACAAUUUAUUUUGCACUUGCAUGGGGGAAUCAUCAGGAAUAUUUAAUUGGUUGGAAAUUUUUUAAUUUAAUUUUGUGCAAUUUAUUAUUCCAGAGCAUACUAUGGCAUUUACUCCCAAACAGUUUGCUGUUAUUGUGGCUGCCUUGGGUGUAUUGUCCUUCAUUUUUUGUGUUGUCGCUGUGCAAAAGAAGCCUCAAGCCGGAGAAUCAAUUCAAGGGAAAGAUGUUAUUAUCUGCAAAUAUCCAUCUGAUCCGUCUAUACCAUUGGGAUAUCUCUCUGCUCUGUGUCUUGUGGCAUCUACAACACUUGGUUAUUUCUCACUUACUUAUCCAUACCAAGGAAAAUCAGUUCCACAAUCUGCUUUUAGCAACACUACGUUCAAUAUAUUUCGUAAUAUUGCAUUGGCCACAUCAGGAUUCGCAGUGUCGUUGAUUCUGCACACAACAAUCACAGGGCACUUUCUCAUGAUACGCAAUGUUCAUCAUAAUCUUGAAGCAGAAUGCCCCAUUGCCAAGAGUGGUAUCCUUGGUGGCGCAGCCUUUGUAUCUUUGGACUCUUCAUUAUUUUGGUUGAUUGUGCCAAUGCUAGUAACAAAUGUCCGAGAAGAUUAUUUUGAUGAGGCAAAAGAGGGUGAUUGUAGUAAAUCUGUCACAAUUGGUUAGAAUGUUGUGGGGAUAUAUUUUCUGAGUACCAAUACGUGGCAUAGUGACGCCGACGUGUCAGCCGACGUGCCACGUGUCGUGGUAGUUAUGCCGAGGUUAUCAUGGAUAGGCCGAGGUUGACUCCAAAGAUAUCGGAAUCCGAGAUAAGCGGAUAAGGGACAAGAGUCCUAGAGAAAA